GUACAUAGAGAGUGCAGGUAUACACACAAUGGUAAACAGUAAGUCGAUGAAGGAUUUAAAGGUAGUCCAAGAAAGUUGUUGUGCGCGUAACUAGACCUGACGGAAGAAAACCAACAACUUGUAGAAUUUUCUUCUCACGUAAUUAUCGUCGACGUGGACUUGAAAGGAACCAUUGGUGUGCAGCAGUGACCACCAUACCUACUUAGUACUUCCAACGUCUUCAAUAUAAAACAUGAACUGGGUUGGUGGGAUUCGUCGCCGUGUCCUCCAGCAAGAGGAAGAACGCCGCCGCUUGGAUCAGUACUUUGCAUCCUCUGCCAGACACCAUAACCGGUUCUCAAAGAUGGCGAAAUGAGGAGAUGGUCUGUGAAAGAAUUAAAGUGGGUUCUGCUUCCACGUCUCACACAUUCCAUAGGCAAUGUAAUGUGUCAGAAAGAAACAGCUCCUUGGAUGUAAAACUUGUAGGGAAGGAUGGUAAUUCUGAAGUGGAUGAUAAGCAACAUAAAGAGAGUAACACUGUGUAUAGAAAAUCAAGAGGGGUCAAGAUUAAACCUGGAUCUAUACAUGGGCCAUUCUCAAGGUUUUUGUUGAAGCUGGAGAUGGAGGGCAUUAAAGGCAAGCUAGAACUUCAGGACUCACAGCAAGAUUCAGAGAGUAAAAGGCAACGGACCUCUGUUACGGGGGAGUCGGUUCAUAGGGGUGGAGGUGAGAGAGACACAAUGGCAACUGAGAGCGAUAGAAUGAAGUUUGGAGAUAAGAAAGACAGGUAUAAGAAGAGGAAGGUAGAUGAUGAUGAAUAUAUGAAGGAUAAGAAAAGUUCCCAAUUGGACAGGACCAAGGAUGAUAGGGAUUCAAACAAGCUUAAGAUGGUUAAUGUAAAAGAGAAAGGCAGGAAAGAUAAAGGAAAAGAGGAGAAAACAGCCGAAGUUCACCACGACAACAAGAGAACGGAAAUUCAAAAGAAAAACGAAACAUCAUCAAAUAUCGAUAGUAGAUGUAAACCAAACAGAAUGAAAAGUGAGGAGAACAUCAAAGGAGGAAAAAAUGGGAGUUGGCAGAAUACCAGUCAUGAGAAAUGCAACAAACAAAAAUACACUUGUAAGGAGAAAACAGGGAGUACACACAACAGAGGUAGAGAUAAAGGACAUAACAAUGAAGUGACAAAGAGAGAUGAGACAAAGGAAGAACAUGGCUUUAAAACCAGACCUCAGGGAUUACAUUGCCCCCCUCCGAAGAAAAAAACUGGAGCAACCUACAGAUUUGAUGGAGUUAACGAUAGCCUAGAUACCAUAGACAGUGAAAGACAAUCUAAAGAAAUUCUCAAAACAGGAAAGAAUAAAAGGAUCACUGAAAAGGAGGAACACACUGCAAGACAUAAAAUGAAUAAAGGUGUCGAGAUACUUGCUGACUCUCAACAGUAUUCGACUCGAGUGGGAUCUGAAAAUACAUGUGUCGAUGCAUCACAAAGACCUAGUUCGAAAUUAGUAGUAAGGAAAGACAAGAUAAACAAAAAGGGAAGAAGAAAUGCAGAGGAGAAAGAAAUGGAACAGAAUAAACAUACAAAAACAAAUAAACUCCAUGUAUCAGGUAAAGGUACAAGUAAAGAGAGAGUAUUAGGUCAAAUUGCAACACCUAGACUCUUGGCUGGAGCUCCACGUUUAAGACAGUUACUUACACUAAGCCCACAGCGACACAAGGGACGUAUUUGGAUACCAUUGAAUUUACCAGAGGAACCCCUAGUGAAAGUUGCCAAAACAGUGGUCAAUACUGCUGAUAAACAAAAGAUGCCACCAAUUCUUAAAAACGUCACUGGGAAAAAAAACAGAGACGGUAUAUAUAACGAUGUUCAAGGGAAAUAUAAGCAUCAUAAAAAGAAAUUUACAGAAGCUUAUGACAAAAAUGAAAAUGUGAAAAACCGUGAGUGGGAAACCAGACGACUAACAUUGCUUCUGGGUUCUCGCCUCCAGAGUCCACCAAAUACAUGCUCUGGUCCUUCUGGUAAACUGGAGAGUGAGACUGCUAAUGUACAAGAACAGUCACAUAGCAAAAUGGAAAUGUCACUCCCACCUGACAACUUGAAGGAAAAUUAUCAUCAACUUAGAGCACAGGUUUUGACUGUCAGUGAUACCUCAACCUUUGGUACUCUGACUACAAAUGAACCAAAGAAUGAUUUUGUGGGAUCUGAAAAUUCUGUGCAAAUAGAUGGAAAAAAGAAGCUUGGAAAAAGACAAGUACAUGUAAUUUGUAAAGAUACUGAUGAAAUCCAACCAGAGCCUUCUCAUAAAGUUUGGCAAAAUUUGGGCAAAGGAAUACCUAAGCUUAGCACACGUACACGUCAAAUAGAAAUUGUUGAAAGUGGGUUAAGUUUUGCUGGAAAGCGAAAAGAUAAAACUCCAUACCUGGAAAGAAAUUUGAGUACUCCUUGGAAUUUAGAUUUAAUCAGUACACCCUGCAGUAGUAAAUCUUCAUCCAAAACACCUACUGAUCCUACAAUAGACAGAUCACUAGAGGAUCACUUUGGAAGUCAGGGAGGAAUGCAGUUUAGCAAUACAACCUCUGAUCACAUACCAGAUACGUCACUGGAUUUUGUGAACUAUGACGAUUCACAAAAAUGUGACCUGAUCAAAUCUACAGGCAGUAUUCCUUAUAUCACCUUGAAGAAGAUGUAUCCACAGGAAAUUCAGCAACCUGAAAAUCAUUCAAAUGAUCAUUUGCUAGUUCACAAUGUUGACUGUGGCAGCAGAAAUUAUUGUGGUUCCAUAGUAGACCAAAAUAACAAGUCACUUAAAUAUGAUAGCCAGUUUUUGCAUGAAAUAAAUUUCCUGGCAACAUGGCAUAAGGAUGACAGAAAGCUAAGGCAUGUGAAGAGUGAUUCACAAGUUUGUGUAAUUGAUGAAAGUUGUCAGUGUAAUGAGUAUACUGGAAACUCUUUAGAAAGUUCUGCCAUUACCAAGGACAAGUCUGAAUGCCCGGAACAAUGUGCUGAACUCCAAGCCAAGCUGUACACAGCAGAAAAUUUAUCAAAUUGCAUUAACAGAAAUAAGCUAUCAUCCCAAAGCCAUGUUAAGGAGAGAAGAGGGCACCAGUCCUCAGGUAUUCAUGAAUAUCCUCCAGACACUGUAGGUUGUGAAGGUCAUGCUUUCAGGACUGAAUAUAAUUCAUCACCAAUACCUAUCAAUGUCAUGGAGAAAUCAUGCACUUUGACUAAUGAUAUGCAUUCCUCACAAACCAUAUGUAAUGUUCUUUAUCCCUAUAAUAUGCAAGGUAACAGUGUGGAACUUAUUGAUGAUAAUCACCACACAAGAUGGAUGGAAUCUUCUCAUGACCUGGAAGUGAAUCUGACCCACAAGAAACCUUUGCUUAAUUUAGACAUUACAGAAAAUGUUGUUAGGGAUCUUUCUGAAUACGAGCAAAAAACAUUUGAUGAUAACUUGUACAAGGAACAUACAAAUGACAGUUCACUUCCUACAUGUGAAAACCAUGCACGCUGUCAUAAGGAAUAUAACCAUUUUAUCAUUUUGGAAAAAGAUAAUAAAGAAACUGAACUUGGUGCAAGCAGAGACAGCACUUGUACAGGUAAUAAAAAAAUAGAACAAUUAAAAAAUUUAACAGCAAAUACAACAAAGAAUUAUGAAAUCUGUUCUGCAUAUUUCCUGAAAGAGAGUAGACGGAACUUAAGUUUUGGGGACCAAGGAAAUAGGAAAGGAAAAGAUGUAGUAACAAGAAUUGUGGAUUUAGGUGAAAAUAAGAGAGAGCUGUUGCCAAGUGCAGCUCAAGAUGAAGAAGUCCUUAAUAACACAAGUGAGAAUAUAGAAUGCUCUUUGGAUAAAAUGAAACAAUUUGAGGACAUAAUCAUAGAUUUAACACUUAGAGAUGCCAGACUAACUGAUGGCACAAAAAACAGUAGACAUUCUCCUUCAUCAGCUGCAGAUUGCAUUUCCAAGAGUAUUUUUGAUGAGGUGAUCCCCAGGGGUGAAUUAGAAAAAGACUGUAGGCAGCCACAAACAGUGAAUCCAGAACUGGCAGCACAACAUUUCAGAGAGUUAAUGAACUACACAAACAAUGAUCCUCUGGAUGGGUCUUCAAGUGGCACUCCACACACCUCCCAGUUUUUAUCUUCAGCCUCACAAAACAGCCAAUCUAUUCAAAAUCAUACUGUCAACCAGUUUGUAAAUCCAGCUGUUACUGAUAUGUUGGAUUUAUAUGGUACAGCAGAAAACCCACUUGAAGAGGAAGGAACCAAGUUAAAAAAUGAUUGUUCUCCAUUCUCUCUCUCUCUCCAAAGUCUACACAAAAAAGCCCACUAGACACAUGAUGCGUGACAUUGGCGAUCAGUGAACUGUGCUUGGGUGUUCCAGUGUUACCAAGAUUACAACUAUCAAGCAUGAGUAUCGAAUAUUCACGCUCGUUUUUGUCUUUUAAAUGCAUCUGUACGUCCAGUUAACUUUCAAGAAAUAAAAGUCAGUUACAUU